AUGGAUAACUAUUUGGACGGAUUGCGCAGCAUGCGCUUGUAUCGUCAGGCAAAUUUGCUGCCCACAACAUCCAGUUCGCAGCACUUUACGCUGGAGAAUAUCGCAAGCUAUACGAUGGAGCUGGAUAUUGGCGAUCACCGUGGAUUCAGUACUUUCACGCUGCGAGGAGUGCCACUUUUCCUUGUGGAUGCGUUCAAUAUUCUGCGUAUCAGUGGUCUUGACGCAAGCGGUAUCUUCCGCAAAGAAGGCAAUAUUGGGCGUUUGAAAACUUUUUCGAUGCAGACGUUUUUUGGUGGCAAGAAAUUACCGGAAGACUGCACAACGCACGAUUUCGGAGAUCGUCACGAAGCUCAUCGCAUGACUGUUGAGAACAUUGCUCGAGUUUUCGCACCUUCACUGUUCCGUGAUAAUCCACCGCCAGCGCCAAGUAAACGAAAAAGAGGGUCCCAGGACGAUCUGAUCAUUAGUGUGCGAAAUGAAAAUGAGCUUCGAAUUGCAAUCAUAAUUGAUUUAAUUGAUAAUGCGCAUAAGAUUGGCGUACCACGUGACUAUUAUCUUGCCUCACGUCGUCCUUCUGACGCUACGCAGAAAAAAUACAUCGUCGGUAUCGGCAGCAAAGCAUAA